AUGCCAAUUGCUCUUCGUGCCAUCUCUUUGGAAACCAUUAUUAUUCUCUAUCCUCCUGGUGAAUGGCUUCAUAUCUACACUGAUAGUUCCCUUUUGGAUUUCACCCAGGGCGCUGGUGCUGGCGUCUUCUGUGAUCUGACUUCCUUUUACCUACAUGUUGGCUCUCAUACAACCCAUUUUGACGGUGAAGUCGAGGCCAUCCAUUUAGCCCUUCAACAGCUUUUUUCCCAUCUCUCUCCUCUUGAUAAGGCUGUAAGUUUAUCGGACUCAAGUUCUGCUCUUCAGGCCUUAGAGAGUAACCUAGGAAAACACAGUGCUUGUGUCCACAGCUUCAGGGAGCUGUUGAGCAGAAUUCAGACAAAGAUUGCUUUCCAGUGGGUGCCAUCACAUUGUGGCCCUUGGGGAAAUAAGAUGGUGGACCUUUUGGUAAAGAAAGAUACGGAUAUUCUCCAAAGGUCUUCCACAGAACUCUUCACUCAGCUAAACUUGAAAUUAAUAGGAUUUAUAAAAAAUCCUUUCGUAAUGCUACUGUUAGUGAUUCUGAAAAUAAAUCAUGGAGGGUGCUAUUGA